AUGGGUCAGCCCGCCCCAGCUUCGGCCCUGCCAUAUCCAGAACACUCGUGCAUGCCAUAUAUCCACAGCCAAGACGACGAUUCUGACGACACAGAGCAGCCCGUGCCCAUUAUCACGGCAACAGCCAUGGACUUGAAAUGGUUCACCUACACAAGGACGGCCCCGGCCGAGGUCGAGGGACUUGGCAUUGUGGCACACCCGCAUCCGCUGCGGUCACAUCCUUGCGAUGAUAUCAUCUCCCACUCAGAGUACUGCCGAGAGCUCGCGGACCAGGAGCGCGAGCGCAUCGAGGCCGUGCAGCGGCUCGAGAGUCAGCAGUCCCACUGGCAGGACAAGCAGCGGCUCAACUCGUGGCCCGCAGAGACAGUCCAUCUAGUCCCUGCCCCCCUGGCACCAUUUGGCGGUAUCAAAAGAGCAGACUCGGAGCUAGGCCGUCGGCACCAGCAACAAUUGACCGAUCUCGAUGAGGAGAUGGACGAGUCCUUCUCGCCUCUAGCUUACGAUGACGAUGGUGAUGAUGGUGGGUCAAUAUACGAGGAGCAGACGGGUGGCAGCGACGACGAUUCUCAGCUUGGCGGACAAGGCAUGCGGAGAAGACAGACUGUAUCCAGUUCUUCAGUUGCGCCACAAAUGGACUCGGAGGAAGAAGAGGACGAACCAGUCAUGAUCCUUGGCACAGUCCGGAGAGAAAGCAGGAGGCCGUCGAGUCUCUUGCGCCUCCAACAGGAGCAGGCGGCACUGCACCAGUACCGCCGCGACUGGUCUCCAAUAUCAACACCACCGCGCAGCCGGGCGAACACCGUCGAGAGGAAGCCAUCUCUAGUCAGGGCAGGCACCUUUGGACCUACACCGCCAGACACACCCCCACGCAUGUCCAGCGAGCCUGAACUCGACAGCUCCUCCAGUCCUCCAAGGUUCUCGACACUCAACAACGGCAGUGCCCAGCGUCAGUCCUCAAUCUUGCAGAACAAGCAGCGCUUGGCUCGGGCUGGCACUUCUUCGCCUGGGAGCCGGAGCCAACGGCAGUCAAUUUAUGAGCCCGCUCCGCCGGCGUACCAUGACGAACCCCUGCUGGCCAUUGCAGCAAGUGCCGUCCAAAGACAACAGCAGCAACAACAACUGGAGCGAUCAGAGUUCGUCACUCCGCUUUCAGCGCCCCCUCCCCCAAGACCGCCGCCUAAGCGCAAGACUUCUCGUACCUUGGCAUAUGCGCAGUUCUUCGCCGCGCCCCCAGACUAUUGGAGCGGCUCCGGGUCGAGCACGCCAGAGCGAGUUGCCACUCCACCAUUACAAAUAAGCCGGGUAACAUCUGCACCGUCCGUGACGGCCAAGCCUGCAAUAGUAAGGAAGCCGGUGCCCUACUUUCCGCCGCCCCCGACAGCCGCCUCUGCUCCGCCUACUACAACCUCUUCUUCUUCAGCCACUGCUGGCAUCUUUGGUCCCCCAAAGGUGGUGAGCCCAGGCCCGGACGGUCUUCCUAGCGCAAUGCAUACCGUCAACCCGGGUUUACUCACGGCUCCGGCAUCCUCGACCACUCCCAGCCGCAAGUUCGGCCACCGGCCGAUCUCCACUUCGGCCAACAAGUUGAAGAAGCUUCGCCUGGGAGAGAACAUAUCGAAAUGGACGACAAACAAGGUGGGCGAGCCCAUCAACACGAUUGCCAACAAGCUCGGCUCUGAAGCAUUCUGGCCAAUGACACUGGACAAGGAAUGUGACAAGGCUGCACGGAUCCUGCGUGCGUUCUGCUGUGGAGAAGAAGCAGCGUCGUCCAUCUUCAGCUUUGCCUCCGAGGGCAAAGGCAAGGAGCGUGCUGAUCUCAGCCAGCGACGGCCGUCGCACUCAGCUCCAGCCCCUAUCCAGAUUCCGCCGCAUGUCAUGGCCAGUGCCAAGGGACUGGCGAUUUUCACCACGUUCCGCGCCGGCGGCCUGCAUCUCAGUGGCGCGCGCGGGUCCGGAGUGGUCAUUGCGAGACUGCCCUCGACCGAGUCUGAUGUUGGUCGGCAAUGGUCGCCGCCCUCGGGCUUCAUCGUGCAGUCUGUGGGUGCAGGACUCCGUGGCGGCGGCGGAGCCGGAUCCGAGUUCAACGACUGCGUCUUUGUGCUCACCACUGACGCGGCAGUCGACGCCUUCACGCGGCCCAAGCUCGGUCUGGGGAGCGAGAUUGGUGUUACUCCCGGACCCGUCCUGGACGAGGACGGCAGCGCCGACGCAAGCAAGAGUAGGGGCCAUAGCCAGGCCCUAAGUCCAGCAGAGGCUGGAGGUGUGCAUGUCCGAACCAUGACGAGUGACGUUCGCAUCCGUGCAGAGGAGCCCAUCUUAAGCUACACGCGCUCGACGCGGGGAGCAUGGACAGGUGCCAAAGCGUCUGGGACCAUCGUCGCGGUAAGGGCAGACGCAAACGCCUCCUUCUACGGAAGCGCAGAGCCCCUGAGCGUGGAGAGGAUUCUGAGUGGGCAGGUGCCCGUGCCAAAGCCGACGAGAGGUCCGCUGGCCGUGGACGGGACCGUCAUGUGGGCCGAGGGAGGCUCGUCGCUGGUCAGGGCGCUGCAGGACAUUGAGGGGAGGACGUAG